CUUACCAUUACCGAAGUACCAAUCCAAAAGCUUCCCGCGAUGUUGGUGGGCUUAUUAACGUAAUAAAUCUACUACUACUAUUACUACUAUCCACUAUCCACUCUCUAAUCCAUCUUGCUUCACCAAUUUUCAACAACCCAAGGUCCAAAUGGGACCACUUCUUCCCUCUUAAGUUAUACUUCUAGACCGUAACACCUCGACUCGUGAGGCUUCACAUUACAUACCACAUGGAUUCCUUCUUUCGGUAAUUUCAUUGCGGCUUUUGCUGCUAUUGAAUUCUUUUGCGACUAGCAAUUCGCGCAAUUCAUGGUCUUCUAAAUCAUCUGUAGCCCGUAACCUCUUAUUACACUCAUCCGCAUCGUAACGUCAUUCGAUCGGCAACAUCAUGGUUGUACGCCCAUUGCCUCCUAUUUCUGGGGGACUUCCAACAGUCUGGAUUAGUGCUACAGCUUCACGAUUUCAGGCAGCACACAUACGAGCAGGUUCAAGACCGUAUUCCAUACAUGCAACUCGAUUAGAACGCCGACUGCGAACCAGCAUUCCUAAAUCUUCUCGAUGUUCGCCCACGUCUAGACUUUUCCUCCGUACCUUCGCAUCCGAUACGUCUAAACCCGCAACAUCCGAAGGAGCUAAAGCCGCACAGAAGAAAGAGUCCGAAACCGACUCUGCCGCAAGCGCUGCUAGUUCUCCCGAUGAACCCCAUUCGCAAAAGCAAGGUGUUACUCCUCUCACCACCUCUUCGACCGACUCAGACCUCGAUUGGGAAGAGAAACCCAACUUCCAUAUAGAAAAAUUCACCGAGCUUCCUUACCAAAACUUUGGAGUUAAUCAGCAUAUGAUAAUUGAUCGAGAGUUUAAAGAGGUAUUGCGUCAGCUACUAUGGAGGUUCCGAGCUCCGAUUCGCUACGCCUUCGCAUAUGGCUCCGGCGUUUUCCCACAAUCCAAAGGCGGUACAGCGACGGAAGCUGAGAUCAAAGCGGUCCACCCGAAGGCGCCAGUUGCGGUCCAAAAAGCACAGGAUGGCUCUCCAAAAGUGAUCGAUUUCAUAUUCGGAGUUUCUUAUACGCAACAUUGGCAUUCCUUGAAUCUUAUGCAACACCGUGAUCAUUAUUCAGCGCUCGGGUCGUUAGGAUCAGCUGCUGUGUCUUAUGUGCAAGAUAAAUGGGGUGCUGGGGUCUACUUCAACCCAUACGUCACCAUCGAUGGAAUAUUGAUCAAGUACGGCGUUGUCAAUAUCGAUACCCUGUGCAGGGACCUGAGCGAAUGGGAUACCCUGUACCUUGCCGGUCGUCUGCACAAGCCAGUGAAGAUCCUCCGUGAUGAUCCGAGAGUCCGUCUUGCAAACCAGAUCAACCUUCUCUCAGCCCUACGGACAGCUCUCUUACUCCUCCCCCCUACCUUCACCGAGCAGGAAUUGUAUGCGACAAUUGCGGGUAUUAGUUAUCUUGGUGAUCCUCGAAUGGCUUUUCCUACUGAGAAUCCAAAGAAAGUUGCGAAUAUUGUCAAUAACAACAUGCUCAAUUUCCGGCGACUAUAUGCACCUCUUGUCGAAUCUCUUCCCAACGUUGAUUAUGAUGAUCCGGCCUGCAGCAAACCGGAUUGGAUCACCAACACUGACGCUGUGUUAAAGAUUCAGCAAGAUAUGGACCCCAUCAAGCGAGGCAAUAUGGUUCGGCGGCUACCAAAAGCCUUCCGUUCAAAGCUAUACUUCGAAUACCAGAAAAAGUUCCAAAUACCGCAACUCGAAUUCAACAAGAUGAUGGAAGAGAAUAAGGACGAAGAUGCUACUUCUUUCAAGAGGCAGCAAGGCGGCGGCUUCGAGCGGCGCAUCGCACAAGACGAACCCGAAUCCCUCCGACAAAACGUCCGCGAUGUCAUUAAAAAGACGAUCAAUUGGCCCAGUACCACGCAAAGUAUCAAGGGAGUUGUUACGGCUGGUUUCAGCCGAAGUAUCCGUUACUUAGGCGAGAAAAUAGCCAAGUACCGUGAGUCUAGCAAGCCUGAAAAAGAUGAUGAGAAGUCUUCGUAAGCCCACCCCUAUAUGAAAAUACCACAGCCAUAUCCGCGCACAUUUAACAUUGCGCCAUACUGGGACCAAUUCAUUCUAGUUGAGAAUGAACGCUAGACGUCAUGUAUACACACGUUUCGAGUAUCUCAGAGCCAGGUUACAGCCACAAGGCAAUCAUUACUGAUCCUGCCAUACUCCAUCAAUUUCCUAUGUUCAUCGAAAGGCAUAUUGUAUGGAUUUAGGCUGGUUUGGAUCUAAAAACGCUCUCGAUACCAGAAGAGGACAGCCAGUACCUGUUCUACCCAGAAAACCCCCGCAGUCGUGUAUACCAUAUCUCACGGCCUACAGGAGUUAGGUCUUAUAUUUGAUUAGAAAGAGAUGGUCACGACAGCAUAAAACUUGUUAUAUUUAAAAAAAAAAAAAUUAUAGGCCAUGCUGACUCCACGGUCAAAGCAUCUCAGGAAAAAAAGAAAACACAUAUGUACUGUUUAGUAUAUGCUAGACAGAUCGCAGAAGAAAAUCAAAAUAUAUUCAAAGAUACAUUUAUUUAUUCUCAACC